UCUCUGUCCAACUCUGCUCUGGCCUGUUCCCGCCCCUCCACAGAGAACACGCGUGCACGCAGCGAUGACUUCGCAGAGAAGAACAGUCUGCCCAAGUACGAGUAUGUCCUGCACCCCCGCACUACAGGCUUCACUUUCAUCGUGGACACGCUGCGCAGAGGGGACAACCUGGACGCCAUCCACGACAUCACCGUGGCCUACCCGCAGAACGUCCCCCAGACGGAGCGCCAUCUGCUGGCCGGCGUGUUCCCCCGCGAGAUCCACUUCCACGUGAGCCGCCACCCCGUGUCCACGCUGCCCACCGGCGCCCCGCAGCUGCAGGCCUGGUGCCAGGAGCGCUGGGGCGAGAAGGAGCGGCGCCUGCAGGACUUCUACACCGGGGGGCGCUGCUUCGACGCCUCGGGGCGCAGCCGCAUCCCGCCCUGCAAGUCGGAGCGGCGGGUGCAGCUGAUCCAGGCCGCCUCGCUGCUGUACUGGAGCGCCUUCAUCGCGCUGAGCUGCGCCGGCCUCCUCCUCUCGCCCGCCCUCCGUGCCUUCUUCCUCCUGGUGGUGCUGUUCUUCCUCGGCCAGCAGAGGGCGGUGGGGGGCGUGGAGCUGCUGGAGCUGGCCUGCCAUCGCAGGAAGCAGGGGGCCACCGGGGCGGCCACAAGGGACAGGCUGGGCCGCGGGGCAGGAGACAAGGACAAGGACUGAGGGGCAGGAGUAGGGUAACGGGGACGCCCUGGAGAACUCUGGGGCUGCGCUGGACGCCCCAGCCGUGCGAGAGAGGAGGGGAGUGCGCUGGCUCCCCGUGUCGCUGUGCCCCCACUCAUCUCCGUCUCCUCAUCCGUCCCCCUCACCGCCCCG